GACUGACAGGUGUUGGAAGAGCGGCAAUGCCACCUGUGGGGUUCAGUAAAGGUCCCGCUGCCACGCCCACCUCCACCCAUGUUCCCGCCUCCGGCCUUGUUCCAGUCCACCCCCAGGGAGUGACUGCAGCCUUUGGAGACACUAAAAUGACCCCAGCAAGCUGCCAGACUAGAGCAGAACUGAAGAUGGAGGCUGUACGUGAGCCGCUGAAGAAGGUGGGAACGAAGGGCAGUCUUGUCACCGUAGGCUCAAACUACAUCCCAGUCCUCUGCAGGAAUGAAGCCGUGUAUCAGUACCACGUUACCUUCACUCCGAAUGUGGAGUCUCUAGGAAUGCGGUUUGGGAUGAUGAGAGAACAUUGCUCGACUACUGGAGAGGUGGUGGCCUUCGAUGGCUCCAUCCUUUACCUGCCGAAACGCCUAGAUGAGGUCGUUCACCUGAAAGUGCAGAGGAGGACUGAUAACCAGGAGAUCAGCAUCAAGGUCCAGAUGACCAAGGUCCUGCCCCCUUAUUCAGAUUUGUGCAUCCCCUUCUACAACGUGGUCUUCAGGAGAGUGAUGAAGAUCUUGGGGCUAAAACUUGUAGGCAGGAAUCAUUAUGACCCCAAAAGUGCCAUUGUUCUUGGCAAGCACAGGCUGCAGGUGUGGCCCGGUUACUCUACCUGUAUCAAGCACACUGACGGUGGUCUGUACUUGGUCGUGGACGUUUCACACAAGGUGCUGCGGAACGACUCCGUGCUUGAUGCCAUGAAUUUGAUCUACCAGCAGAGUCGGGAGGGCUUUCAGGAUGAGUGCACCAAAGAGUUUGUUGGCGCCAUCGUAAUCACGCGCUAUAACAACCGCACCUACCGUGUCGAUGACAUAGAGUGGACCAAGUCCCCGAAGGACACCUUCACUAUGGCUGACGGCUCCGAGACCACCUUCACUGAAUACUACAGGAAGAACUAUGGCAUCACAAUUAAAGAACUGGACCAGCCCAUGCUGGUGCACCGUCCGAAGGAGAGAUCCACACCUGGACAGAAGGUAAUAACAGGUGAGAUUCUUCUAGUUCCUGAGCUCUCGUUCAUGACUGGAAUCCCGGAGAAAAUGAGAAAGGACUUCAGAGCCAUGAAGGACCUGACAAUUCACAUUAAUGUGAGUGCGGAGCAGCACACACUGUCCAUCAAGCAACUGUUGCACAACAUCAGUACCAACCAAGAAGCUCUCGCUGAACUAGGCCGCUGGGGCCUGGAGACCAGCUCCCAGAUACUGGUGACCCAGGGAAGGACGUUACCCAUGGAGACUGUAUGCCUGCAGUCUGCCUCCUUUGUCACCCCCUCGUCUGUCGACUGGUCCAGAGAAGUUGUGCGAGACUCAUCCAUCAGCUGUAUCCCUCUGUACUGCUGGGCGAUUUUCUACCCCCGUAGGGCAGCAGAACAUGCCAAGGAGCUGGUCACCACGUUUGGGAAGGUAGCCGGGCCCAUGGGGCUCCGACUUGACCGGCCCAUCCACGUGGAGCUCCGGGACGACCGCACGGAGACCUACGUCAAGAGCAUCCACUCCCAUCUGACCAGCGAGCCCAACGUUCAGCUAGUCGUGUGCAUUCUGACGGGGAACAGGGAUGACCUGUACAGCGCCAUCAAGAAACUCUGCUGUGUCCACGCCCCAUGUCCAUCUCAGGCCGUCAACGUGCGCACCAUCUCUCAUCCACACAAGCUUCGUAGCAUCGCCCAAAAGAUCCUUCUACAGAUCAACUGCAAACUGGGAGGAGAGUUGUGGACCGUCAGUGUGCCGCUGAAACACCUGAUGGUGAUUGGUGUGGACGUGCACCAUGACACCAGCAAGAAGAGCAGGUCUGUGAUGGGGUUUGUGGCCAGUCUGAACAGCCUGCUGACGAGGUGGUACUCCAGAGUCACGUUCCAGAUGCCAAAUGAGGAAAUCAUUAAUGGCUUCCGAGUGUGUCUUUUGGCUGCCUUGCAGAAAUAUUAUGAGGUGAACCACAGCUUCCCAGAGAAGAUCGUUAUCUAUCGGGAUGGAGUAUCGGACGGCCAGCUCAAGACUGUGGAGCUUUACGAAAUCCCUCAGAUCCUGAAAUGCUUCGAGACAUUUCCAGACUAUGAGCCAAAACUCACCUUCAUUGUGGUGCAAAAGAGAAUCAACACAACGCUUUACUCAUACUUCGAAAACCGCUUCGGAGCACCUGUGCCUGGAACCGUGCUGGACCACACGGUUACUAACAAAGACUGGGUGGAUUUCUACCUCAUGGCCCACUCGAUUCGCCAGGGCUGUGGCUUUCCUACCCACUACAUAUCCAUAUACAACACGGCCAAUCUCACGCCAGACCACUUACAGAGGCUGACCUUUAAGAUGUGCCAUUUGUACUGGAAUUGGCCCGGUACAAUCCGCGUUCCGGCUCCGUGUAAGUACGCGCACAAACUGGCCUUCCUGUCCGGCCAGUACCUACACUCUGAGCCUGCUGUACAGCUUGCGGACAAACUCCAUUUCCUGUGAUGUGACCCCACUACCACUAACAAAGCACAAAGCGGCCACAGCCUUGCUGGGGGGGAGCUUAAUUACAUGACGCAGCUCGUUAAAAUAAAAUGAAUGUUUGUUUGUAAUUGUAAUUGUUCCACACGGGAGCUCAGUGUAUUAUUUUUAAGAUCGGGCUUUCAAAUUUUGUCACGUUUAAAGUUCUUGUUAACUGUUUGUGCAGUUGGUUUAAAUAAAUCAA